UUCAAGCGUCAUUUCCUUCUUAGAGACAUCAAAGAUCUGACUGAGUUGGCAAUAAAAGUAAAAGAAAAAAAAAAGAAAGACGAUGAAGUUAAGGCUCAUUCAGUUUAGCUGAUGGUAAGACUGACUGGUAGAGAGGUCUAUAGUGUGAAGUCAGUAUAACAACAGGAUAAAAAAAACAACAAAAAAGGAAACAGACAAAGCAGACAAAGCAGGAAACAGGCAUUAGAGAAAGCCUAUGUUGGUUUAGCUCGACAAUCAUGAGCAGCAACUCUCUUUGCGCUCUUCUCAUCCUUGUCUUCCUGGAAUCAGGCAAAUCAAACAGUGGUGUAUCUAUUAGUCACAGUCGAGAUGGAGAUGGCCAGACCAUUACCUGUGUCCUCUCAGGGGACGAAAACAUGACACAAAUCAACUGGGAGAUGCUAAGAGGCCCGAAUCGCACGAAACUGGGCACAUAUCACCCACGUUAUGGAAUUCACAUAAUGCCAGAAUAUAAGACUAAAGUAAAGCUCCAGAACAAAAACUCUCCUUAUCCAUCGUCAUCCCUUUUCAUUAAAGUAGCAUCAAAUAAUAGUGUGCUGAUCUGUUGUGCGUUCAUAACAUUUCCUUCGGGUAAACUUGAGCACUGUACUGAUAUCAGUAUCAACACGUCUGUAAAGAAAGGUUUUACAUAUGUGGAACCAGAACCAAGGCUGGGAUUAUUAGGAAAUUUGGGUGCAAUGAUUAUUGGAACUAUUCUCUCCCUUUUUAUCCUGACCAUCCUUUUCUAUUUAUGCAGAAAAAACUGCUGUAAAAGGAGGAAGUCCUUUAAAAUACGGACAUACCUGACAGACUCACCGGCUGAGACAUUUGCUGAAGAAUCAGAUGAUGCACCAGCUUCUCAAAGUUCUGCGAAUGGCUUUGACCCCUCAAAACUUUAUGCCAAGAUCAAAAAAGACAUUUUCUAUGGCCGGCUGUGGAAGUCUUACCAAGGCCAACCCAAACCAUGGACACAAGGUACCGUGACUGAUCAAGGACAUGUUUAUCACCUGCUAGGACAGAGUCCCUUACCGCAACGAAAUGUGGAGGGCAGCCCCUCGAGGCCAGAAACAACAGAAACUACUGAACAACAUCUCAGUAGUUUUUAGUUUCCAGUCUUUCCAGAGUGAUUGAGAGGAACCUUGUCAUAUUUGUGUAAUGUAAAAUAGCUUAAAGCAGACUGCAAUGCAUUAUAUAAUGAAAAUAAUGACUUAAUAUUUUGAAGUAAUAUUG